AUGUCAAACUCUAAAUUGGCUUCUCUUCAUCCUUAUAUGCUUCAAAAGAUUCUCUCUAAGGUAGCAACAAACCAUAUCUGGGACUUCGGUAGUGCAAGAGUUGCAUUGCCCCCCUUCAAUCAAAUUGGCAGAGAAGAAUACUUCUACAAAUCUGCAGAUCUUAUUCACUUCAAUGACUGGAUUGAUGAAGUUAAUGCUGUCAGAACAUACAUGCUUAAGUGCUACCAAGCUGGUAAUCCACAUGCCAUCGACAUGCGAGUUUGGGACUUCUGCAAUGAUAUUCAUUUGACUGUUGCUCACUGGCCAAUUAAAGAUUAG